UCAAAGCACAAGACUCGCUGCUACUUGCUGUUGGAUGGUGAAGCUUGGUGAGAUAAUAACUCGUUGGACGUUACGAUUGUAGCUGGGCAGUGCUGGGCAUCAAUCACGUGCUGCAAGAUUAUUGGAAAACUGGACAGAAAGUGAUUGUGUACUACUAAUUUGAUAGCUGCACUUCUCUUAAACACAAGUUUUGUAACCAAAGCUGAUUGGAAAAGGCUUGGAUGACGACCACCAAAGUUGUCAAAAUGUGCGAGGAGAGGCGUGGGAUGAACCCCCUGGACCACCUUCCACCACCGGCGAGUUCCAACAAGCCCUUAACGCCCUUCAGUAUCGCAGACAUCCUCAGCAAACCUAGUGUCAAACGACCUCACAGGAUUCACCGGCUUCCAGCAUCAGAGAGAGCCCGGCAGAGCAUCACUAUAUCAAGGCAGACUCUCAUCACUCAAACAUCGCCUCUGUGUGCUCUGCAGGAGCUGGCGAGCAAAACGUUCAAAGGUCUCGAAUUAGGCGUGCUCCAUGCAGCAGAGGGAAGGGAUGGGUUGACUGUAUUUGGUCAAAGGGACAGUCCUAAAAAGCGCCGAAAAUCUAGAACGGCCUUCACCAACCACCAGUUAUAUGAACUAGAGAAAAGGUUUCUCCGUCAGAAAUACUUGUCCCCUGCAGACAGAGACCAAAUUGCCCAUCAGCUGGGGCUGACAAAUGCGCAGGUCAUAACCUGGUUCCAGAACCGAAGGGCAAAAUUAAAGCGAGACCUGGAGGAGAUGAAAGCGGACGUGGAGUCGGUCAGAUCCACGGGUGUAGUAGUGCCUCUGGACAAACUCACUAAAUUGGCGGAUCUGGAGAGGUGUGCAGCUGGAGCCACGGGGCCCGAGUGCUCGCCACGGCUAGGUCAGGAGUACAAGAGUGUGCACAAAUUGUGUCUGUCCCCCAUGUCGUCUCUCUCGGACCACACAAGUCAAGACUACUCCGAAGACGAAGACGUGGAAAUAGACGUUGAUAUCUGAUGUAAACAACGAUUUAAACUCUUUAAAGACUCAUAUUUCAAGUUGUUACAGUGCGUAACAACACACAUGCAUGAACAUAAAUGAUUGUAGUGUUUUCUGAAACUUUAAUUUAUAGCCAGACUGUGUUCUCCUAUUUGUUCAAUAUAGUGUUUGAGCUAGCAGCUGUAUAAUAAAUUGUUUAUAAUAAAUGAGUGUAAUAAGAUAAUUUUUCAUAAAGCAGGACAACAAACAGAGCAAUACAACUUCCUAAUGAGAAAACUAUUUUUACAAGUGUAUUUAUUUCUUCAUUUGUACACAGUCGAGAGUGACUGAUUUUUGUAAAGUUUUGUACAGUUUACAUGCAAGAUAGUGCCUUUCAAAAUUAGGGCAUUGCACCAAUGUGUUGUUUAAUGUAUUGAGUUUGAAAAUAAAAACAUUAUUUAUACCUUUUAUAAUGAUGUUGUUGCCGAGUCUGUAAAUCUGUUGCCGAGUCUGUAUUGUCU